AUGACUAGCUAUUAUGGCGAUUUCUUCACUUAUGACCCUGUCCCCGCCACACAUGCAUACGCAUAUCGUGCUGUUACUGGCGAGCGUGUCAUCACAAAGGGUAAAGGCAUGAUCCUCGUCCAAGCCAAAGACCGUAACGGCAUCAUCAAAAGUGUGCUUGUUGCAGGCUGGUACAGCCCCAUAAUGGAUAGUAGGAUACUAUCCACAGAACGUCUAAGAAAAGACUGGAAUUUGUUUCACAACCUAAGACAUGAAUGCCUCGAAGAAGAAGACGGCACUUUAUUCGGUCUUACAGACACUGCGCCAGGAGUCCCUUACCUUGUUGGCCCAUUCAACGACGAUGGAGGACGCCAACCAACAGAAAACGAAGACCUCUCUAGCAGUGACGAAGGUUACGAAUCCUCACUUUGUGACACAGAGUCCAGUGACGAAGAAGACACUAAUAAUAAUGAUGGAAUUGUAUUCCGAGCGCUCUCCGUAAUGGAAAUUCACCGCCGUCUCGGACACGUCGGUAAGGCUAAGAUGUCUGCAACAAUCAAGGAUGCUAUUAUGGUUGAAGACCUUGAAAUGCCAAGUUGUUUAGAUAUCGACUGCGAAGCCUGCCUGCUUGCCAAAUCGAGAAGGAAGGUCUCCCGAGAACCCCAGGUUCGAGUCCAGGAUGCCGCUUGGAAGUUCCACAUCGAUACACAAACCAUGUCUCCACCAGGCCCAACUGGAGAGAAGUACUGGGUUCCAAUCGUUGACGAUGCUACCAGGAUAGGCAGAGGCAUCUUCACAAAGACGAAGGAAGAGAUAUCUACCCGCAUGAUAGAAUUCUGCGAGGAAAUGAAGCUGCUGACAGGUAGAUACCCCGGUAUUUGGCGCCUCGACAACGGCACCGAAUUCAAAAGAUUCAUUACGUGGGGAAAGAAACGUGGGUUCGUCUUUGAGCUCACUCCUCCGUACACUGCAGAACCAAACGGCACAGCCGAAUGGUAUAGUGGCUAUAUCAAUGAGAUUGGAAGGACCAUGAUCGUUGACUCAGGACUCGAUGAAACGCUCUGGCCAUUUGCUCACCAAGCUGCUAUCUACAUUGUGAACCGUCUUGCAAACAGCGAGACCGGUAAAUCACCAAUCACCCUCUGGCAUAAGCGAGUGCAAUCUCGGAAGGCCGCACCCCGCGCCUGGAAGGGCUACCUCAUCGGCUAUGAGGGGGAUGGCGGUCAUGUUUACCAGAUCUGGGAUCCCGUGAACCAGGAGAUAAAGAGAUCUCGUGAUGUUACUUUCCACAAACCUAGUGACGAGCAUGACGACGGUGAAACAGGGGCUAUAACACUUCCCCCUGGCCCUCCGAAGGCUCCCAACAAUCCUGGAAAUGCAGGAAUUUAUCAAACUUCAUUCAUUAGCUCGGGCGAGCAAGCAAAACCACAGUCAACAAUUCAGCAAGACCGACCACAGGUCCGAGAAGCUACUCCGGCACAGCCUUCACAGACCAUUCUGCCAGACAGCAUCUCCAGUUACAAGACGACUCCCGGGAUCAUUCCCCGAAGAGAGAUUCGACAAAUUGAACAAGCACCGUCUUUGCACAUACCCUCGAGCACACACCUAUUCGACAGGUCCACAGCUGCUUCUCGUCCCCGGACUCGACCCACUUUGCUACGUGCGCAUACACCUUUGCAGAGAAUUACUGAGGAGGUUAUUCAACCUCAGCGGAUGCGCGCUACAGAAGACAGUGGCGACGAGCAACGAAGAGCUAUACUGAAUGAACGCCUACAUCGACUACAGGAAGAUAUCGAGACCAUGAGCAAUGAAUGGCAGGAUAUACGCCAAGAAACUGAGCGCAUUGAGGAAAGGAUUUCAAACAGAUCUACAUCUAUUGAACCUACUCCUACCCCUGCUGUUGCUACUGCUCCUGCCUCACACCACACGCCAGAUAGGCCUCGCUCUCCUCAGGAAUACCGAUUUCCAUUCCCUUCACCAGAUCAGUUACGCCUUUACAGGGAAGAGAGUGAGCAAGUGAGCGAGCAGACAGAUCAGCGAGCGAAUCAGCAGACGGUGAUCCAGAUGUCUAUUGAGAAAGACCCAUCUCUAGUGCCACCUCCAGUGCUAGCGCCAGUCUCACCAUCAUCAUCAUCGCAUGAUCAAGUUGCUUCUGUUACCAAAGAAGUUAUCUCAGUCAGUUCUACACCAGAUCCAACCCUCCCACCCCCUUCACGACGAGUAUCACAUCGCCGAACCAAGGGAUGCCCUCCGGAGCGGUACUCCGACCCGAAUCGACCCCUCCUUUCCGUCGAGCGUGCAUCGAUUGCCAGAAUGCAGAAGAAGCGACCACGACUCGAUCGUCACGAGAAAACAAGUGCGGAGGAAGGUGGUAACAACGGGGAGGAGGGUGUUAGACAGAGAUCUGCGGGAUCUGUUAAUGAUGCUGAAGCCGCGCCUGCUUCCUCGAGAACUGAUUCCGAGGGACCAGCAGCCCUCGCCGUCACUGCUCCUGUCAAACCAAUCAUCAUGUUCAAUGAUAAGCCCCUUCAUGGAAAGGAUGUCAUUAUUCCCACCACAUACAAAUAA